GGCGAGGAAGGUGGUUCGUUGGGCGGGAAGCUCGAGACUGAAAAACAACAAGCGCUAAAAGAAAACAGAGAGAGGGAGCGCGGAAAGGUUUUAAAAUGGCGGACAGGUUGAUGACAUAUGAGACCCAAUUUUUUGGGUUCUCCCCCCAAACCUGUGUUCUGAGAGUGUCCAGUGGAAUCCAAGAUUCUCUCCUUGAUGUCAUGCUGGUUGUGGAGCGAGUCAUUUUCAAGAAACUGAAGGAAAUGUCAGAUAGCAGUGUGACUCCAUCUCAGAUCCGUACCUGUACAGAGAGCUUCCUUCAAUUAAUGAAAGAACGGUUUGAUAUGAUCUUUGAGAGAGUCGAACAAGGAAUUCUGCAACAUAUCUUCUACAUUCCUGAAAAUAUCCUGCUUCCUGAAGACCAUGUCCAGGAAAAGUACCCAUACACUGAGGAACAGUUCAAAGACUUGCAAUCAGAAAUAGCUGAACUGGAGCACUGCUACCGAUGUGAAAUUAUUGCCAAACAUGCACUCCUUACUGAAUUAGAAGACCAAAAGUUGAUUGAGCUGAAACUAGAGCAGAGAAUUCACUGGUUCAGCAAUUUGGAUAACACUUGGAAGAGUAAUGCAGUCAGCAAUGUUCGUGAGAGCCUGGCUUUUGUUCGGGGAUUGACCUGUGAGGUCCCAGCUAUGCUUCAGAAAAUCCAAGAGAAAUACAAGGAUGAGCAAAAUCAAUCAAGAGCACCCAGUGGAAGCGAACAGGAGGAGGGAAAGGAAACAAGAAGGAAGCGACUUAAACUAUAAAGGCAUUGGGACUGGUUGGUAUAAUGCAUUUGAACACUGCUUGUCAUUCCCACCUCAAUCUGAGUGGCUCCAAGAUCUCUGGUUGGGAAAGUGAGUUGAGAACUCUUCACAUUCCUGAUGUAAGGCAACCAAUGGUCGAGAAAUGAUUAGAAUUUGGCAUUUUAUGGUCCUAUUUGAAGGAUAGCCUUCCAUUUGAAACUGGGCAACAAUAUUUAUGGGCAAUUUAUAUUUCGGGGAAGUGAUGAGAUAUGUUUGGAUUGGUAGUAGAAAUGAUAUCCUGUAUCAACUCUGUACGGUGUGCCAUCCUGGUAUGAAACAGAGUCUGAUGGUGUAAGCAAGAGUGUGAACAGAGAAAAUUUCCAAAUCCUGUGCAGACAUCUUUCCUCUGUGAACUGAACAUUUAUAUAAAUAAAAAUUGAUACAGCUA